AUGCUCAAACGCACAACCCUCCUCACCCUCCUCACCCUCUCACCCUCCCUCACAUCCGCACAAGACCCCACAUUCACACCAACCCCCACCCCCCAACCCCCAACCCAAACCCGCACAGUCCGCUCCUGCACAGUCCCCGCGACCCUCCCCUGCCCCCCAACCUGCUACUGCCCAAUGGAAUACAACUCCCUCAACCACCCCCGCUUCACACCUACCCCCGUCCAAAUCGGUGCAACCUGCCACCCCUGCACCGCGUGUGCUUUGGUCUCAACCACCCGCGGCGUACCCCGCCCUACUACCUUGCCCGACCCUGCGAUCACAUCCUUGGGUGCGGUGUGUACACCCGAACCAGGCAACCCGUGGGAUCAGCGAUAUUGGAUUAUCUGCCCCGAGGGCCAGGAAAACGUGUACACUUGGACUAAGACGAGUACGUGGAUCUGGACACCAACUGCGACCCAGGUGGAGACGACGGCGUGUGCGUUUGGUGGGUGUUACGAUGUUGAGCCAAGUUUGACGGCACCUACGACGUAUGCAACUGGGACGAGGUGGUCAGGGUGCUGA